AUGGAUGGCCCGACGCGGGGACAUGGACUCCGGAAAAAGCGGAGGUCGCGAUCACAGCGAGACCGGGAGAGACGCUCCCGGGCCGGGUUAGGAAGCGGUGCGGCGGGUGGUGGAGGAGCCGGCCGGACCCGGGCUCCCUCGCUGGCUUCGUCGUCGGGCUCCGACAAGGAAGACAAUGGAAAGCCCCCAUCCUCCGCCCCGUCCCGGCCCAGACCCCCGCGGAGGAAGCGCCGAGAGUCCACCUCAGCCGAAGAGGACAUCAUUGAUGGAUUUGCCAUGACCAGCUUUGUUACUUUUGAAGCGCUGGAGAAAGAUGUAGCAGUUAAGCCUCAGGAACGCGUGGAGAAACGACAGACUCCCCUGUCCAAGAAGAAACGAGAAGCCCUUACCAAUGGCUUGUCUUUUCACUCAAAGAAGAGCCGGCUCAGCCACUCACACCACUAUAGCUCAGAUCGGGAAAAUGACCGCAACCUCUGCCAGCACCUGGGGAAGAGAAAGAAGAUGCCUAAGGGACUCAGACAGCUCAAACCAGGACAGAACAGCUGCAGGGACAGUGACAGCGAAAGUGCCAGCGGAGAAUCCAAGGCCUUCCACCGGAGCAGCUCUCGCGAGAGGCUCAGCGACAGUUCAGCUCCUUCCAGCUUGGGAACAGGCUACUUCUGCGACAGUGACAGCGACCAGGAAGAGAAGGCUUCAGAUGCUAGCUCUGAAAAACUCUUCAACACUGUUUUUGUAAACAAAGAUCCAGAGUUGGGUGUGGGCACGCUAUCUGAACACGACAACCAAGAUGCAGGGCCGAUUGUCCCCAAGAUCUCGGGUCUAGAGAGAAGUCAGGAGAAGAGCCAGGACUGUUGCAAAGAGCCCGUCUUUGAACCCGUGGUGCUCAAAGACCCACAUCCUCAGCUCCCCCAGCUACCAUCCCAGCCCCAGGCGGAGCCCCAGCUCCAAGUGCCCUCUCCAGACCCAGACUUGGUCCAGCGCACGGAGGCUCCAUCCCAGUUUCCUCCUCCAAGUACACAGCCAGCCCAAGGACCCCCAGAAGCCCAGCUGCAGCCUGCCCCGCUGCCCCAGGUGCAGCGGCCACCCCGGCCGCAGUCCCCCAGCCACCUGCUCCAGCAGCCCCUUCCGCCUGUGCAGCCACAUCCCUCUUCCCAGAGCCUCUCGCAGCAGCCACUGUCUGCUUACAACAGCAGCAGCCUGAGCCUCAACAGCUUAAGGACACUCCUAGGAAAGGCACAUAGCAUCCUUGAACCUCUGGAACGCCAGCUAACAGGAAGACAUGGAUUGUUGCCCCGAGGGAUGCAGAGGCUCACGGGAUUCGAAGUGCCUCAGCUGGCACUUGAAGAGAAUGGCAAUGUAGCCUUCUUUGCCUGA